AUGAAGGAACCUGAGGAUAUCAGUGCCCCCUUUGAACGAAGUGGUGGCGCAGUGGUGGAAGAGGCGACCGAGGGUGCGACCAGCGGCAUCGGCCUGGAGACCGCCCGUGCACUCUACCAGCGCGGCUACCACGUCGUCCUUGCAUGUCGCGAUACGGCCAAGUGCGGGAAGGUGGUCGAGGAGUUGGCGGCUGAGGGAGAACAAGCAGUGUCCCCCGGUUCGGCCGAAUGCAUGGUACGCGUCGCGUUCUACCAGUUCCCCUCGGUGGACCUCACCUCCCUCCAAUCAGUGCGCGACUUCGCCGAGGAGUUCAAGCAGAAGCGCCAACCGCUCCACCUCCUCAUCAACAACGCGGGGAUCUACAGCCCGCCGUACGGCGAGACCAAGGACGGCUUCGAGUCCCAGUUCGGCGUCAACUACCUCUCCCACUUUCUGCUCACCUUCGUUCACCACAGGGAAGCCCUGUAA